AUGGAACGUUGGUCAGAUCCCGCCCACUUCAGGGUGGGCGUCAAUUUGUGCGCAGUAAAGGAUGGCGUAUCCACUUCAAAGAUGAUGACGACAUUGAAUGAGCUCAUGGCGCGUUCAUUGAAUCUGAUGAGGCUGUCUUUGGUGGCUGCACCUGCACUGGUUCAAUGCUUCUACAUUCAUAGCGUUGGCUUGAUGAGCUGGUUGUGUCGGCUGUUGCUGGUCUACAUGUUGAUGGGCUCAAUUUGCUUCAUCGCCAUGCCAGAGCAGCUCUACAAUGGGAUGGGCAUGGGCAUGUUUCGCUGGGCAUUUGAAAUCUUCUACCCUGAGAUUGCUCGGUCCAAUGGCAGCCUACAAGAGUCCGCUGAGAAGGACGUGGUGUGCGUGGGAAAAUGCCGGAUCAAUCGCCUGGGUGCCAAGCGCGCGAAGCUCAGGUGGCAUGGUUGCGACCGGUACUUGUGCCUCACCCACGACGGCUGGGCUGUGACAGGGGAUGAGAAGCAUGCCGCUGUCGUCGAGUUGCACCAGGUCUACUGGCGAGACAUGUUGGUUCCAGAUACGUAUACCUUCCGAGUCAUAGAUGCCACCUCUGACUUUCAUCAGCACUGGCUGUCCUUCAAGCCUGUGAACCACCUUCGCUAUGGCGGUUGGCUGGCAGCCUAUGAGGAUGAAAAGAGGGCUUGUCCCUACAAGGUGGUUGUGGACACCUCUUGCCCUCCAGACGCAUGCAAACUCCUUUGUGCUUGGACCAACAUGCUACCACCUUCGCAGAGGUCAUGUACUGGUUUCUAUGUCACUGAGCAGAUUUGUGGCAAGCAGUUGUUCGUGGGCCAUGGUGCUGACAGAGACUCGGCUAUUCUGGACUUGGUCUUUCUUUGA